GCUGCACUGUGCUUCGCUUAUCUGAGAGCUCUUCAUUGAAAAAAUCCACAGCCGAGUGUUUAUUCGAGGAGCUGCAGGCGAUGUAGGUGGAAAGCUGCGACCGCUUGUUUUAAGUCACUAUUCCAAAAACAACUUCACUUACCAGGGUGAAGACUACUGCAACAUGGACGGCUUUUAUGACCAGCAGGUCCCUUUUAUGGUGCCUGAGAGUAAUUGCUACACAGAGGAGGAGAGGAGUCUCGGCGACAGACGGAGGAGGUUCUUGGACACAGAGCUGGCUCAGGACACAGAAGAGCUUUUUCAGGAUCUGAGCCAGCUCCAGGAAAUAUGGAUUGCAGAAGCUCAGGUUCCUGAUGACGAGCAGUUUGUCCCAGAUUUCCAGUCCAAUAACUCGAUGUUUCAUGGACUGCCUGUCAGCAAAGUGAAGCGAGAGCCCAGUCCGUCCAAAGAUUUGUCCCCUUGCGGGACACCAUUGGCUGAUAUGUGCCUUUACAGUUACAGUGCCUGUGAAAACAAACCAGGUCCAGCCAACGCACCUGCAAGACAGUGUAGCUCCAUCCACUCGGCCGGACCUCCGCCCUUACGGACGCAGCUACAGCCUUCCCCGCCUCAAAUGACCAACCAAGCUUCAGCCUCCAGCCCCUUCCACCACCAAAAUCUCCCACAGGGGAACCAAAACCAGGAGUUUGCUCUGCCGCGUACCCCCAUCGGCUGCUCAGGGCCGUCUUUUAGUACAGAGCAAAGGUUCCACCGGCAACUGUCCGAUCCCUGCCUGCCCUUCCUGCCUCCAGAGAAAACCCCAAACACACCGUACCACCCCUCCAGCUGUGACGGCCGGCCUCUGUACCAGCGCCACCUGUCGGAACCCCUCGUCCCCCUCCCGCCCCAUGGUUUCAAACAGGAACUGGUGGAUCCACGGUAUCCAGACCCAGGGCUGGCUGGUCCAGGUCUGGCCCCACCCCAAACCACCUUCAACUGCGUCAAAAUCAAACAAGAGCCAAGAGACUUUAGCUUUGAACCUGAAGUUCAACCCUGCCAGUCGUCAUUUGGAAAGUCUCCAGUUUUGUUUCAGAAAAACAGUCCUAGAUUUGGUCCUGACAGAGAGCCUCUUGGGUACUUCGAUGACACCUGCGUUGUACCAGAAAGACUGGAAGGUAAAGUGAAGCAGGAAGGAUUGCCGUACCAGCGCCGCGGCUCGCUGCAGCUCUGGCAGUUCCUGCUGACGCUGCUCGACAAUCCGGCAAACGGACACCUGAUUGUGUGGACGGGCCGCAACAUGGAGUUUAAACUGAUCGAUCCAGAAGAGGUUGCUCGCCUUUGGGGCAUCCAGAAAAAUCGACCAGCGAUGAAUUACGACAAGCUGAGCCGCUCACUGCGGUACUAUUAUGAAAAGGGCAUCAUGCAGAAGGUAAAGGUUGCCGGGGAAAGGUACGUCUACAAAUUCGUGUGUAACCCCGACGCGCUUUUCUCCAUGGCAUUCCCAGAAAACCAGAGGCCAAGUCUGAAAGCCGACCUGGACGCCAUCCUGCCCCCCAGCGAGGAGGAUGGCUUCCCCCUGGCCAGCUAUGAGGAGGAGGGGCCUUACCUGAUGGACGGAGGGGGACUGGCUUUCCCUGACAGCUACCCGUACUAGUCAGCAGCCUGGCAGCUGGAAGGAAAAACAGGAAAUUACUGUAUUUUACAAAAAGAGGCAAACCUACAGUUACUAAGCAACAUUUCAGAUAAGAAAUAUGUUUUUGCUUUCAACAAGAAUUUUUAUUUCAUUUUCAUUUUGAUGCAACCAGAAAGCUGAAAAUCAGGGAGUCAUUAAGACUGUUAAACUCGCUCCAACCCAGAAAACUUUGUUUCUCAAACUUCAUGCUCAGACACAUUUCAAGGAUAAUGGUUUGAUCUGGCAUAACAAAGGUUGCACUUUUGGAAGAAAACUUAACAGUGAAGAGGAAAACCAGAUUAGAAAAGGUUCUAACUCUUAAAGGUAUGGUUUUAAUUUAAUAUGACAGAAUUGCGAAUAUUGUUUUAUUAAACCCAUAUUCAGUGGCGGUUCUUGACUAAAUGGUACCCUGUUUUUUUUCUUCUUUUUUUUUUUUUUUUGGCCCCUCUCCCAAAAUGCUUGUGCCGCCCCCUGAUGGAUUGGCGUCCUCGAAGGCGAGCCACAUUUCCCAUAUCAAAAACCGCCACUGUCUGUGUCGAUUCUGAACCAGUAAUGUCUGAUUUGUUGUUUUUUUUUUUUUUUGGAAAGAAUAUUCAUUUAAUGAUUUCUCUUGAUUACAGGAUUGAAGCUGUGAUCUGAUUUGCAGCUAAUAUUUGUAGCAUAACAUUGUUUUUUUAAAUCAGACGCCUGUGUUUUCAGAUUUUUCUUCUGAAAUUUUAGCUGCACUUAGAUAUGCAUUUCUUGUCCCGAAUGUGGCUUCCCGGUCAGAUGUUGCCAUCAACUUUUUCUUCAGUGUUUCAGUUGCAUAUUUUUCCUUUUUUUGUUGUUGUUUCAGUUUUUUUGACGGUGGUUUUUUUGUAGCAUGGCCAUCGCUUUGGUUCUCGCGUUUGUAAACUCUGGGACCUGUUUUGCAGCCAAAAACUAAAAUCUUGAAGCCAUGGCACUCCUUUUACUAAUUUAGUAAGCUUUUUUUAGGUAAUACCCAGACUGCUCCAAAGGGACACACUUGUACUUUCUGGACCUUAUAAUCCUAAAACAUCUAUAUCAAAAAUGUCUUUUUGUGUAAGUUUUUUUUUUUCUUGAGUAUUAAAGCUAAUAUUUUUAGCACUAUAUGGACUUGUAUGUAUUUCCAAUAACGGUUUAUGAUAAAAGUAUUGCUUCUAUUUUUUGGAUUCUGUAUAACUGCCACUCGUGCUUAUAAAAGGCAUGUUUUUUCUUCUAAACUGCUCACCACUUAAUGUACUAAAAUAGUUUUCUGCAUUUUGUAUAAUUUGUUUGCUUCAGUGUGUAGAGAAAAAAAGUAUAUAAUUGUAUAUGGAUAUAUUUUUGCAAAAGGCCCUGUGUGCUUGCAAGUAUGUUGUAUCAGCUCUCCAAGGAGGAAGAACUCUGAAUCCUGCAGGCAGAUGUUCCUGAUGGUAUAUUUUACUAUAGAUCCUGACGCCGGUGUGACUUCUACCCUCAGAUACUGUAUGUGUGCCUUCUGUUGAUCUUUACUGAUAAAAAUAAACUAUUUUACUCUUUUUA